AUGAAUGGAGCCAACUACUCUGUAGUGUCUGAAUUUGUGUUCCUGGGUCUCUCAGAUUCCCAGGAGAUUCAGAUUUUUCUUUUUUUCUUUUCUUGUCUUUUCUAUGUGUCCAGUAUUAUGGGAAAUCUUCUCAUAGUGGUCACAGUUACCUCUGACCCUUACUUGUACUCCCCCAUGUAUAUUUUGCUGGCCAACCUCUCGGUCAUUGAUCUGAUAUUUUCCUCCAUUGCAGCACCCAAGAUGAUCUGUGAUCUCUUCAGGAAGCGGAAAGUCAUCUCAUUUGGGGGCUGUAUAGCUCAGAUCUUCUUUAGUCAUGCUGUUGGGGGCACUGAGAUGGUGCUGCUCAUGGCCAUGGCCUUUGACAGAUAUGUAGCUAUAUGUAAACCUCUCCACUAUCUGACGAUCAUGAACUCACGAGUGUGCAUUUCGAUUUUAGUGGUUGCCUGGACCAUUGGUCUCAUUCACUCAUUGGCCCAGUUGGCUUUUGUUGUAAACUUGCCUUUCUGUGGCCCUAACGUAUUGGACAGUUUUUACUGUGAUAUACCUCGGCUCAUCAAACUUGCCUGCACAGAUACUUAUAAACUGGAGUUCAUGAUCACUGCUAAUAGUGGGUUAAUUUCUUUGGGUGCUUUCUUAUUGCUCAUUCUCUCUUACAUCUUCAUCUUGGUCACUCUUCAGAAACACUCCUUGGGAGGUCCAUCCAAAGCUCUUUCUACUCUGUCAGCUCAUAUGACGGUUGUGGUUUUGUUCUUCGGUCCAUUGAUUUUUUUCUACAUGUGGCCCUCUCCUUCAACACAUUUGGAUAAAUUUCUAGCUAUAUUUGAUGCAGUUUUGACUCCUUUUCUAAAUCCAGUCAUUUACACAUUCAGGAAUAGAGAAAUGAAGGUAGCAAUAAAGAGAGUAUUCAGUCAGCUCAUGGGUUUUAGAAAAAGCAUUUAA